AUGGCCGGCACUUCCUUUUCCAAUCAGCAGUUGGAUGUAAUCUGCACUGCCCUUUAUCAGGCAAAAGACGGUGAUCAGCUGGUCCAUCUUUUUCGAGAUAUCGACUCCCAAGUCCUGUGCUCUGAUUGGACGUCACAACCCGUCCGAAUUGCAUACAUUUACGCUCUCUAUCAUGCCGGCAACUAUGACCGAUUAUUCGAGGUGAUCGGAAGAUCGAGAUUCGACGAGAAAUACUUCAAAGAAUUACAAGAAAUAUGGUACAAAGCACGAUACAAAGAGGCUCGGCUGGGACUGAUUCGGCGAAGUUCCUGGAAGGCUAAUAUACCAAAAAAUAGUGUGGCUCCUGACGAUGGGAAAACCUACUUCGGAGUUUUUCAGAAUGAGUCAAAACGCGGAAAGGAGUUAGGUGCAGUGGAAAAGUAUCGUCUACGACGAAAGUACCCACCACCGCGAAGCAUUUGGGACGGACAAGAAACCAUUUACUCAUUUAAGGAAAAUAGUAGAAAGUACUUGAAGCAGUUCUACAAGCAGAAUCAGUAUCCCACCCUCGACCAAAAGAAGGAAAUCUCUCGAGCUACAGAUUUGGAGAUCGUGCAGAUUUCAAAUUGGUUCAAGAAUCGUCGUCAAAGGGAUAAGACGAGGAUGGAGUGCGCGCAGUAUGGUCGACCGCAAAUGGUGCAACUGCAAACACUUGCCUACAGUAAUCUACCACUGAAUAUGAAUAUCAGUAUGCCGUAUUCGUGCAAAAUGGAGUAA